UUAUUUAUUUCCCUGAAGGCAGCUGCUGGUUAGCUUGUGAGCUGGAACUUGCGUGCUUAAAUCAGACCAGUCUGGCAGCUUGGAGCGACUCCGCGCUCGGACUUUGUGCGGUUCGGAUCGGAACCAAACGGAGCGGAACUCCCGCGUUACUUCCCACUUUGUUGACCCCGCAGCGGGACUUCUGGCGCCCGGGCUGACAAGUUUGUCAACAACAGGAGCUUCUGAGAAAGCAGCAUCAUGUAGCGGCGCUCCACAAGGCAGGCCCUCCGGCUCCCUGGGAUUUAACUCCACCUCUCCUCUGAUUUAAACUGGAGUCAGUUUGGAUGACAUUUCCCGACGACGACAUGCUGAUCUGAGCGAGGCGUCACCCUCUGACUCGGCCGGGAUAAAUAAAUUCUUGCAGACGAUGGAAUAGCUUGUCGUUUCCUGAGAGCUCCUGUUGUUGCGAUGGCCGCUGCCACCUCUCCAGAAAAGCAUCAGCCGCUGCUGCAGCUGCAGGAGGUAGACUCCAGCCGAGUCGGCGGUCGCAUUUUGUCUCCUGGUCUGACCCACGAAGCCUGCCAGCCCAUCUGCAUCCCGGCGCCGUACACCGACCUGGGCCACGACUUCACAACCAUCCCUUUCUACAGUCCAACAAUUUUCAGCUACGCUAGUCAGAGCAUUUCAGAGUGUCCGUCUGUCCAUCAGUCUCUGAGCGCCUCUUUAUUCUGGCCCCGGAGCGGCCAUGUUGGAGCGGCUCUGCCGCUGCACCGCUCCGCGGGCCGAGCCCAGCACGGCCAGGCCGUCCAGCACCCCUGGGAGAGCGUCCUGACCAGCAGGAGCACGAAGAAGCUGUCGCAGGAGAACGAGGACGCCGUGGUGUCUUCGGGCGGGAAGGGCGACCUUCACUACUGCGCCGUAUGUCACGACUACGCUUCGGGGUAUCACUACGGCGUGUGGUCAUGCGAGGGCUGCAAGGCCUUCUUCAAGAGGAGCAUCCAAGGUCAUAACGACUACAUCUGUCCGGCAACCAAUCAGUGCACUAUAGACAAGAACCGACGCAAGAGCUGCCAAGCGUGCCGCCUUCGCAAAUGCUACGAAGUCGGCAUGACCAAAUGUGGGAUUCGAAAGGAGCGUGGAAACUGCAGGAGCACGCUGGUGAGGCGAGUGACCCGUUUGUCCGCCCAGGGGCGAAUAAGCAGACCCAAAGUGUUGACCAGGCCGGUGGAGAUUCCGUCAAACGAGCCUCUGCAGCCCGGACUGACCCCGGAGCAGCUGAUCGAGCGGAUCGUCGAGGCGGAGCCGCCGGACAUCUACCUCAUGAAGGACAUGAAGAGGCCGCUGACGGAGGCAGACGUCAUGAUGUCACUCACCAACCUGGCCGAUAAGGAGCUGGUUCACAUGAUCGGCUGGGCCAAGAAGAUUCCAGGCUUCGUGGAGCUCUGUCUGCUGGACCAGGUCCAUCUGCUGGAGUGCUGCUGGCUGGAGGUGCUGAUGAUGGGACUGAUGUGGAGAUCCGUGGACCAUCCGGGGAAACUCAUCUUCUCCCCCGACCUCUGCCUGAGCCGGGAGGAGGGCAGCUGCGUCCAGGGCUUCGCCGAAAUCUUUGACAUGCUGAUCGCCGCCACGUCUUGAGUGAGAGAGCUCAAGCUGACGAGGGAGGAGUACGUCUGCCUCAAGGCCAUGAUCCUCCUCAACUCCAACAUGUGCCUGAGCUCCAACGAAGGCAGCGAGGAGCUGCAGAGUCGCUCCAAGCUGCUGCGCCUGCUGGACUCKGUCACCGACGCUCUGGUGUGGGCCAUCGCCAAGAGCGGCCUGACCUUCCGCCAGCAGUACACGCGCCUCGCCCACCURCUGAUGCUGCUCUCACACAUCCGCCAUGUCAGUAACAAAGGCAUGGACCACCUGCACUGCAUGAAGAUGAAGAACAUCGUGCCUUUGUACGACCUGCUGCUGGAGAUGCUGGACGCUCACAUCAUGCACAGCUCCCGCCUCCCUCGCCGGCCCGCUCAGCAGGAGUCCACGGAUCAGCCGGUGGCGGCGGCGGCGGCCGGCGGCCCCUCCAACACCUGGACUCCCAGCAGCGCUGAAGGCGGGGUCGAAGCCCAGGGUUCAGAUUAAAGCUCGGAUCCGACGACCCCUCACUGGACCGGCGCUUUUCAGGAGCAAAGACCGAGAGCUGGAGUCUCUGACCACUGGUGAAUCUUCAACACACUGUGCACUGCUGCUGGUGAGUUCUCAGAGGACAGACCGGACCUGGAAACGAGCCGUCAUUCUGACACGCAGCGUCAGGACUUUCCACUUCUGAACUGUCUGUCACUUCUACCAUCUAGGGCAUCAUAUCAGUCGUCGUGGAUCACUCAGCCUUCACUGUGACACACAGUGGUACGUUAUUUAACUCCUGUAGUUGCUUUGUCACAGCUUUUAACAGCAAAGAAAACUCGAUUAGAUUCAAGUAGCUUUUUGUUCUGAUUUUAUUUACUGAGGGAGAAAAGCUUUGCAAACCAACCUGGAUCUAUGUGGAAAAGUAAAUUCCUCCAAAUAAAUCAUGACUAAAAGUUUUUAUAUAACAAUUAUCCAAAAAUUAGUCAAAAAAUAAUCCAUAAGUUCACAAAAAAUAUAUCUAUAGUAGUGCAGGCCUCACUUAUCUUAAAGAUCAGAGUUCAUGAUUCAAAAAUUAGAAAAAAAUGGGCAAAAAUUAAUUUAAAGGCUCUUAUUAUAAAAUCAUUAAGUUUAAUAUCCAACCAUCAGUUCCAAAUAUUAUGCUUAAAAUAAAAAGCAUAAUUUUUUAGUGUGUAAAAACUACUGAUUUGCGAUAAUCGUAAGAUGGAGUAUCAAGACUCCAAAAAAAGAAMAUUUGCUGAAAGAGCAACAUAUUCAAGUAUUAAACUAUACUAAAAUAAACAUUUUGCWUAAAAGAUAAAAUAAAAAAAUGUAAACAUGUUCAAGUCAAAACUUUAAUUAAAAAUCUGCAGAGUGGCAUGUUUUUUUUUUUUUCCUUUAUCUGAUUAAUCAAAGUAAUUACUUGCGGCCCCAAUUAAGAGAGUAAAAAAACAUUGAAGAUUAUUGACUCUUUGCACCAAAUCAUUCAGGCGCCAUGAUGGACGUCGGAACUGAGGAUCGGGAACGUUGAACAGAGCGACUGAAAUGGUUUCCCAGUCAUUUUAUUGAUGGUUUAUUCUGGUUCGAGUCCAGCUAAUUUGUCUAUGAACGUAACGCACCUGGUGAGGCUCACAGGCGGCGGGAAGCUGGAAGCAGCUAACUUAGAAACCGACCCAAAACUCCUCCCUCCUGACGUGUUGAUCAAAUUACCGACUCUGCCUGAAUUCACAGCACAUGAUUUAUGUCRCCAUGUCAUGAACAUCGCUUCCCUUCACACCGGAGCGGCAUUAAAAACGUACCAAAGACGAGAUGCUAACCAGUGUUUCCAUACAUGCUAGGCUACAUGACGGUGCGGCUCCGUCUCCAUGGUUACCAACGGUUAGACACGUACCUUCUCCAUAAUGCGAUAUUUGAUAUCUGUAAUAAUAAAUACUUAGUUAUUUAUCUUUAAUUUUCGUACCUUGUAACAAGUGUUCGCUCAUUUCACYGASGGCCGCYGUCCGUCGCCGCUGCAUCAAAGUUAUAAAAUAAUAUGACACGUUUGGUUUCKGUCCGUGUCUGUUGGUGCAGCCGACCGCGCAGCACCUUCUGACCAUUUUCAAAGUGAAAUCGACUAAAUAGAAGCGAUAUUAGGYUCCAGGUGUCUGUUUUCAUACGGGCUUUAAAGGAGCGCAGUGAUCCAUCAUGGCGGAGUGGGCGGAGUCCGUGACGUCACGUUUAGAGAGUCAACUGUCGCAUAAAAUCAGGUUGGAUGUUUUGGUUACUCUAAAUAAAUAAAAUCUUUUUUUUUUCUAUUAAAUUAAAUUUAAUCUGGAACAUGAAAGUUUGACAAAUCUGCAUGGAGGCAACUACUUUUCCACAGCACUGUACAUCAAGGCUUGUMUUGUUAGAAGUAAUUACAUUUUCUGCAUAAAUGACAUAAAACCACUAGAUUUCUACAUCACUCCUCACAGCUUCUUCUUUUUCUUACUGCAGUGUAAUUUGCAAACAGAAAUGCCUUAAGCCUGUUAGAAUGUAAAAAAAAAAAAACAGAAUUUUUGUCUUUUUUUUCUUUGCUGUUAAUCCAAUAAAAAUGAAAGUAUUACGAAUCAACGAGGCAAAAACCAGGAUCUGGCAGACUGAAACGUGCACUUAUGAUAAAAAACAAAAUGCUAUUAGAGAUCCAACCAAUAAACUACCACUUUGGUGAAAUCUUCUUUUAAAUGCUGCUUUAAAAAGUUAUUUUUGUCACUUUUUGAGGUAAUUUUAUAAUGUUAAACCGUCUUUGGUCCAACCCACGUCUCCUCAGGGCCCUUCAGCUACAAAACAAAAAAAAACUUAAUGGUUUUUCCCUUUAGCCUGUUUUCCUGAACUGGAAACUUUUUUUAGAAGUAUCAUUUUAAGUAGAGUUUAUGCAAAUAAACAGUUUAAGUGUUUGAAGACAAGCAGACAUAMGAUUUUGAAGUAAAGACGGCGAUGAUGUCACUGUAACUCCUGACCUGCAGAAUAAUCUACAUCCGGUCACUUUGGGUGRUUUUUACAUGGCGGCGUUCAUGUUUAUCAAAUUCACCGUGUUCGAUGAGAUGGAGAUUUUUAUUUUUUGUUUCAAGCAGAGGUCUGUUGAAGCCGUAACUGUGAAUCUAUCCUGCUUUAGAUCUAUAACAAACCAGGAUUUUAUGCAUUUUUUUAAAUGUAACUUUAAGGUUUGGAUGAUUGUUGGGUUUUAGGAACUACAGCGUAUCAAACUACAGAUUUAUAAAUUCAGAAAACUUGCUAAGCUCAGUGGUAAAGGCCAGGAAAUGUUACAAUAUCACUUAUAAUAACAAACACAGAGUGUAAGGUCUUAAAAUAAACAAUGCUGAGCCUGGCAGCCCACCAGGCUUAUAAUACACCAGAAGAAACCCUGGAGAUGUUAAUAUAUUAUUAAAUAUGCAUUUACUUAAACAAUCUAAUAAAGUUCAAACCUAAAACAGGAMGUUUGUCUUUUAUAAGCAUCUACAAAGUUUCAUCUUUCACUUUCUCCAUUUUUAUGACUCAAUAAUUAAACUCUUCAAUGUAAAGAGGAAAAGUUUUGCUUUGAAUAUCAAAGUAACAUCAGAGCAGACGACACGUUUUGUAAACAGUAAAAAGCAAAGUAAUAGGUCUGAUUUUAUGAUUUAAUGGUUGAUAAACUCACUUAAAAUGUCUGUAUUUUGUAAUCCGUCCUAACAGAAAAUAGUCGCUGAAGUGUCCAAACCUUAAAUAAAAAUAUCUGCUGCUAACUGUUGSAAAUGAAGGUUAGGAUGUCAACAGAUCCCCAGUUUUCUCUGAAAUGUGUUUUUUUUAUGUCCAUUUGUGCCUCGUUAAAAACGUUUUAUGGAAACAAAGCACUUACAUGUAUGGAUUGAAGGAAUACAACAAAAGGGAAUAAAUAAAAUGCACAAUUAUAGAAAAAAAUCACUUUUAAAAUAACUUUUGUAACUGAAAUUGAAGCUUAAUUGCAGCUUUUUGAGCUUUAUUUGGGUUUAUUCGUCUCCACUUUGAGUUUCAGCCGUUUGAUCAAAAUGUAUUCCUUUUUGUUUUGUUCCAAAGUUGGGCGAGAUGAAGGUGAUUUCUGUGAUGUUUUGCAGCUUUGACAAUCACUAAGAUUUACGGUUGUUUGCCACAAACACGUCUCUGGCCUUUUUCUCACCUUAAAACUGUAAUAUGACUGUAGAAAAACAAAACUGUCCAUCUUUGUUCAUUUCUGGUGAAAACCUUUAGUAAUAAAUGUUCAAACCUGUAA